GGAUCGGAGAACGGACGCACCUGCGUCUCUACCGCUGACCGCUUAUACAGAAGGGCACACCGCGCUCUCCAUCAGCUGUAUUUCUGUGCCAUAUGGAGUUUUCAGUCUUGUUUAUUUCGUCUGUUUCGGUGAGCUGAAGUUUUGCGCAAGUGUAAAUAAAGAUUAGACGAUGCGUGUUUUGGAGGUGUAUCACUGAUGCGCAUCUCGCUCAGUCUCCGGCAGUAACAAUGAUGGAAUAGGCGUUUCUCUCUCUUCUCCUCAACAACAAUGGGAUUAUUGCAACUUUAUGUGGCGUUUUGCACUUUCGGAGUUUUGUAUGUUUCAGGUUUCGGGAUUGAUCCAGCAUUACAUGUGGACAUCUUCCAGGAGUUUGAUCUUUUGAGGUCAAGUGCUGGAGUUUCCCAAGUCCAGGGGUUCCACCAUGAGAGCCGUGCUUAUUUGUUUGAAGGCUCAUUAAGGAACGCAAAAGCGCCCCCCAAGACAACCGAGAGGAUUCUUCAAAAGUUGAGAGGAAAAACUGAGUUUACUCUUCUACUGACCAUCAAACAGGAGAAAUUCAGCUCUGGAGUGCUGCUGUCCAUCCACUUUGGAGAACGGAGGUUUUUAGAGCUGGAAAGCAGCGCUCUGCGCAAUGAGAUCCGUAUUUUCUUCCAAAGCUCAGACCAGCGGCAGCAGAGAGAGGUCUUCCCCUACAGUUUAGCAGAUGGACACUGGCACAAAGUCUCUUUGGCAUUCAGUGCCACCCAAUUGGUGCUUCACAUUGACUGCAACAGAAUUUACGAAAGGAUUGUGGAGAUGCCAUCUAUGGACUUUCCAAAAGGAACAAACGUCUGGAUUGGUCAAAGAAACGAUGCCCAUGGGUUCUUUAGGGGUGUGAUGCAAGAUGUUCAGUUAGUGGUCGUGCCUCACGGAUACAUCGUCCAAUGUCCAGAUCUCAACCGCACCUGUCCCACAUGCAAUGAUUUCCAUGGGUUGGUUCAGAAGAUUAUGGAGCUUCAAGAUAUUUUGGCUAAAACAUCAAACAAGCUGGCACUUGCAGAAGAGAAGAUGAAGUAUCUGGAUGGCUGUUACUGCGAGAGGACGUGCAACCUGAAUGGAGAGAUAUACAGGGAAGAUGACGCUUGGAUAGACGGAUGCAGGAACUGCACAUGCUCAAAUGGCACGGUGGAGUGUGAGAAUAUUUUCUGCCCACCACCUCAAUGCCCCCCUGAUACAGCUCCUAUAUACAUGGCUGGAGCAUGCUGUAAAGAGUGCCAGCCCGUAUGUCUGUUCAGGGGAAGAGUGUACGUGGAGGGCGAUCGUAAAAGCAUACGCGACUCGGAGGGAAACUGUCUGCUGUUCGAAUGCAGGGAUCGAAGCAUGCGUAGGGUCGAAAUCACGUCAUGUCCGGAGCUGAACUGUCCCGAGUCUGAGCAGAUAACACUUACAGACCGAUGUUGCAAAGUGUGCAGAGGGCACGAUUUUUGCACUGAGGGUCACAGCCGAAAUUGCGUUGAGAACUCGGACUGCAUUAAUCUGGAAGCCGGAGCUUGUUGUAGUUGCCGGGAAGGUUACCAUCCUCUCCGAGAUGACAACGCCUACUGCCAAGAUAUCGAUGAAUGUGCAGAGGGGAAACACUACUGUAGAGAAAACACAGUGUGUAUGAACACGCCCGGCUCCUUCAUGUGCGUGUGUCGCACCGGCUACGUUCGUAUUGAUGAUUACUCCUGCACGGAGAGAGACGAGUGUGUGCAUGGAAUAAACACCUGUGAUGAAAACGCCCUUUGCUUCAAUACGGUUGGUGGACACAGCUGCUCCUGUAAGCCGGGGUACGUGGGUAACGGCACGGUCUGUAAAGCUCUUUGCGAGGGCCAGUGUCUCAAUGGUGGCUCCUGCGUCUCUCCUGAUACCUGUGUAUGCCAGCAAGGCUUCACCGGAAAAAUAUGCGAGACAGACAUCGACGAGUGCUUAGACGGAUUCGUGGAAUGUGACAGCCGAGCCACUUGCAUAAACCUGCCGGGUUGGUACCACUGCGAGUGCCGCGAUGGUUACCAUGACAAUGGGAUGUUCUCCGCCAAUGGAGAAUCAUGUGAAGACAUUGACGAAUGCGAGUCGGGGAGGCACAGCUGUGCGAACGACACCGUGUGCUUCAACGUGGAUGGAGGUUUCGACUGCCGGUGUCCUCACGGCAAGAACUGCACGGGCGACUGCGCCCACGACGGGAAAGUGAAACACAACGGGCAGAUCUGGGUGUUGGAUGACGACAGGUGCUCGGUCUGCUCCUGCCAGUCAGGGUUGGUGAUGUGUAGAAGAAUGGUAUGCGACUGUGAGAAUCCCACAGUGGAUGUGAUGUGCUGUCCUGAAUGCGAUCCCCGCCUGAGUUCCCAGUGCUUGCACCAGAACGGUCUGUUGGCUUACAGCAAUGGAGAAACCUGGGUGGAAAACUGCCAGCAGUGUCAAUGCAUGCAUGGAGAGGUGGACUGCUGGCCGGUAUCGUGUUCUCCGGUGUCGGACUGCGAGUUUACUGUGGUUCCAGAGGGCGAGUGCUGUCCGCGAUGCGUCACGGACCCGUGCCUGGCCGACACUGUCCGAAAUGACAUGACCAAGACCUGCGUGGAUGAGUACGAAAUCACUCGCUUCAGCGGCUCCGCUUGGACCAAACACGGCACCGAAUGUUCCCUGUGCCAGUGCAAGAACGGUCACAUCUGUUGCUCGGUGGAUCCUCUGUGCCUCUAAUCUGAUUCAAAGGCAAAAUGUUUGACCUGCUAUCUCCCUAAUUCUCUCUCUAUGUCUCUCUUCCUCUCUCUCUCUCUCCCGGUCUUGACUCUCUGUACAGUUUCAGCCCCAUAAGAAGAAUGUUUUAUACCAAAUCUUCAUGUGUAUUAUACCAUAAUCUCAGUAAACAGAUAGCUGACACUAAAGCACUCUUAUCAGCCUUUAUAACAUCACAUCACAGCAUCAUUUUAGCUUCAAACAGUGUUUCAAAUUUGCGUGAUGCAUUCAUUUAUUGAUAUUUUAUCAACAGUUUCACUGGAAAUCAUAACACACUUUUCACACUUUUUCACAUACAUUUUCAUGUUUCAAUGUUGAAACUGCAUUGACAAAAUAAUGGUUAACUUAUUGUUGAUCGCAGUGUUUUUUGCUUGACGCGACAAACUGUGUCUUAACCAGACCGUGAUGAAACGAUAAGCGCUGUCACUUUUGUGCAAAUCCUAACCAGCCACGACAAGCGUUUCGUCAAACGCUUAAUUUCUAUUUUUUGUGCUGUUUAUGUUCUGCUUGUUAGCCCCACCCACUGUGAGAUGUCAUUGGUCAAAAAUAAUAAUAGCUACUUUUUUAUAUGUAUGUAAUAUGACGCACAACAGUUCAGCUUGAACAGAAUAAUUGCUUGUUGCUGAAUCACAUCUGGUUAAGACACGGUGUUAAAGCGUACUUUGUAAAUGACCUGCAGGCGUUAGCAGGUGCAGCGUUUACGACUUUCAGUAUUAAUAAUUGCUCAGCUUCCUUCGAGGACAGAUAUGAUCUUGAUGUUGUGAAUAGUUUAUUUAAUGUGUUUGUUUUUCACGUCUUAUGAAAUCUGUCUUUGUUUUAACGCUUUACGUCGCACCUUUCGUCAAAUUGAUGUUUUGUUGUUUCAUUUAGUGGCUUGUUACACUUUUGUGUCAUUAUAGUGAAAUAAAAGAUUAACAUUGAAAAAAUU